AUGGCACCGUACCCAGCGCAGCCCAUCAAAGGCAGAGAGCGAUACCGCGUAAUGAUGGAUAUUCGCAAACUCGACGCCCAGAAUUGGCUCACCCUCGACAAGAACUAUAUGGACGAACACCGGGUGCGGACCCAAUUGCUCCACGAGAAAAGAGAAGAGGUCCUGCGCUGUUUGCCGGAGUCAAUUGAACCCUGCCAGGAAGCAUUGGAGGAAGUUUCAGACUUCCUCUGCGAGAGAUUCCCCAAUAUGUUCGAGAUGUCAAUCCAAAACGGCCGAAAAAUCAUCGAUAAUCGCAUGACUGGCGAUAAAUUCACUGUCAGAGGACGCGACUCCAACGAGGGAUUAACCGAGGCACUCGAGGCCGCUGUGCGUCUCACGAUGGAAGAUCUCAGUAUCUUGAUGAUGAACGAGGAAGGGGAAUUCUACCUGGCAGCUAGCGCCAGCCUCUUCCCAACGGGGUGGACAGUGAACCAGAGAAUUGGCUGGACCAUCUCUCAACUGCAUGGCCCCGUGCCACUAUGGCACCAGCAAGUCGGUAACUCCGUCAGCAAAUUCCUCGCCCGCUUAACCCCAACCUCUCCAAUGGAACGCUCGAACUACUUCAUAGAAGUCAAGGGACCAAACGAGAGCCUGACUGAGAUCCUCUACCGGCCCAAUUCCCUCUGCGAGAAAGAGCUGAGCAGCCCAUUGCCAUCGGAUAUCCUGAUCCGUCGCGAGAGACAGACUUUCCGUCGACUGCCGCGCACAGGUGCGAUCGUCUUCGGCGUGAAGACGUAUCUCACGCCGCUGGAUGAGCUUCCAAUGGCUGAGCUGGAUAACCUUGCCAAGGAAAUGAGGAGUUGGCCUGAUUAUGUGGGGGAGUAUAAGGGGAGGGAUGUUUGGGGGGCUAAGGUCUUGGAAUACUAUCGCCAACGGGUUGGCGAGGAACAGACUGGCAAUGAGGAUAAAGACGGGAGCAUUGGUGUUUGA